CAUGAGAAAGAGGAUAUAGGAUGAAGAUAUAACAGAGAAACACAUAGUUUUCUUCCCCAGGCAAAUGCACGUUUUGCCUUAACCAAAAGGACUGGAUGAUGCUUAUCGAUGAUGCGGAUACGACAUUGAUGAGCACAUACAGGACACAUGCAUACAGAUCACCUGAUCCCUGUCAUUUGGACCUGAUCCUAGUCUGCAUCCAACCUCAUAUCUUCUUUUUGAUUCCACAACUCAAUUGCAUCGUUUUCAAUCGUUUUCACCGAUAUCACUUAUCAGCUAGUUAUCCCCAGAUUCCUGACUCAGCCAAUUUUCUCCCGAAUUUCCCGCAUCCAGACAUCGACCCAGUCCGUCGCACAAUUCUCAAUGCAACCGUCACUUCGUUUUCGUGCAACAGUAUUUUGCCCAGCCUCGCCAUGAAAUUGACGUUUCUGUGUUAUUCGAUGGCCGGCUAUCAUAAUGAUGCCAGUGAUGAUGAUGAUGAUGAUGAUGCUGCUGCUGUUGCUGCUGGAAAACCCGCAACGGAACAGGCCGUAUCCUGCUAUCUGUCCCCGAUAAACACCGCCAGUUUCAAGCCCAAUAGAAUCAAUAGAACAUUAGCUCGUGUUCGGCACUAAACCCCGCGAAACAAGCCGCUAAGUUAAAUGUCUCUUUCUCCAUUC